AAGCAUAGGUUUUGUGGGUUUGGGCAAAUCUGGUGCAAGCAAAUCAAGAAACUCUGGUCAUCAUGAUCAACUCAUCCUCGAUCAUUUUUGCACUUGCACUUUUGCUCAACUCGUUCCUUCUCUCAGCGACCUUAGCACUGCCUGCAAGUAGAAUUAAAGAUGAUACGGCAACCCAAGAUAGCGUUAGCUCUGUGAUGGACGAAGAUGUAGCAGGACCUGGUGAUUUCUCCCCAAGGAGAUUCCCUCUUGUAGAGGGAAGGCUGGCUGAUGAAGAUGGCACCAAGAGGAUCUUCAUCCUUUCAGAUUUAGGAUCAAAAGGGGCUUCUGGGAGUGACGCAAGCUCUGGUUUUGGCCGAGCCUUUCCCGUGCUAUCACCAUGGAGAAUCGACCGCGCUCUUGCUGCAACCCAGAAGGAUGAGUGGCACAAUGCAGAUGAUCUCAUCCCCAUGGCCAAGAGAAACACGGACAAUAAGAUGCUUCGGUGCAUGAUCGGGAGGGUGUACCGACCCUGCUGGCAAGCUUGAAGACGGAGGGGAAAACACAGUCACGACGUUCCUAAUGACUUGCUCUGGUCAUAUUCAUCAAAAUAUAUUCACAGAACCAAAAUUGACAAUCAAAUAAAACUUUAUUAAAACCAGAAAUGAUGUACAUGUGUGAUUAAAAAUAAAGAGAACAAUGUGA